AUGAUUGUCCCCAUAAAAGAGUGAGAGGACUCGACACUCCCGAGCAGAAGUGGCAGAGGGAAGGGAUGAAUGGAUCGUCUGUCCGUGCGCGUGUGCGGUCCCUCGGCUGCAGGGGUCCGGAUGUCAGAGCGCAGGGUGGGCUGCUGGCUCAGCGACAAGAAGCGCAGGAGGAUGAACCUGGACGCGUUCAUACGGUUCUGUGCAGACCAUGGAGUGGAAGUGGUAAAGAUUGAUCUCACUCAGCCCCUGGGCCCUCAGGGACCCUUUGACAUCAUCCUUCACAAGCUGUCUGAUGUAAUUGUGGAAGCUGAGCAUGAUAGCCAAUCACAGCAGCUCCUUGAUAACUUUCAGAGUUAUGUUUCAGCUCAUCCUGACACAGUGCUGCUGGAUCCCCUGCCUGCCAUGACUAAACUAUUAGACCGCUUUGUCUCGUGUCGGAUAAUGAGCCAACUGAACAGUUCACUCCGAGACUGGCGUAUCUGCAGUCCCCCAUGCCUCGAGGUCCACAGUGGCAGUGACCUGUCAUCCAUUGAGCAGGCUGUGAUAAGACAGGGCCUAACAUUUCCUCUCAUUUGUAAAACCAGAGUGGCACACGGCUCAUAUUCACAUGAGAUGUGUCUGCUCUUCAGUGCAGCCAGUCUGGCUGAUAUCCAUCCUCCCUGUGUGCUUCAGAGUUUUGUGAACCACGGAGCCGUUUUGUACAAAGUGUUUGUGGUAGGAGACAAGCACUGCUGCGUAGAGAGACCCUCUAUCAAGAACUUUCCCUCCGGCCCGUGUGACAGGAAGACCAUCUUCUUCAACAGCCAAAAGGUGUCCAAACCAGAGUCGAACUCUAAUCUUACGUCUGUGGAUGAACAUAUGGUGGACCCGCCUUCUCCCAGCUCAGAUGCUGUGGCCGCCCUCGUCAAGGAGCUCCGAGCUCAGCUCGGCAUGGCCCUGUUUGGCGUGGACGUCAUCGUCAACAUAGGAACGCACGCGCUCACCGUCAUCGACAUCAACAUUUUCCCAGGCUAUGAGGGCAUGCCUCAGUUUUUCUCCUCUCUGCUCAGCCACAUCCAGUCAGUGUUGGACAAACACGCCGCUGCUGGUUCGCACACUACAGGUGGUUCCUCUGAGGAAACAGUGGGUGUUUGUCACCCCAGGAGUUGAUCACGGAUUGGUUUCAUCAAAAGGUUAAACAAAACUUGAUCAGGAACUUUAUCCUCUGCAAAACACACUAAUUACUUUGACCUGCUAAUUGUCU